AUUCAAAUCCCGACCCUCCCCCAAACCAAAUUCCCCAGCGCCGAAUUUUAGCGGGCGUCUGCAGCUUUCCGUCGUCGAUCCCCCGAAUAAUCCGAAAUCCCAAUUCGAAUCGAAGCUUCCUUCCUUUCGUGGGGAGGGGGGAGGUGGGAGGUGGAGGCGGGCGCGGCGGCCCUGCUUAGGGUUUGGUGGUGGCCGGCGCCGGCGGCAGGGGGAUGGAUCCAGAGCAGACGUUCCUGCGGGUGCACGCGCGCCUGUCGGGGAUGCUGUCCCAGCUGCUCACCCCGCGGAUCCGCCUCGCGCUCGAGUACCUCUACCUCGCCGGCGCCGUCGCGCUCUUCUGCCUGCUCGUCGUCAUGCACACCAACUUCGUGCAGCAGCCUGGCUGCUCAAGUGAGUUUUCUGGAAUUGAAUUUGGAGAAGCACAACUUGUCCAAAUCAAGAUUAUCAGUGGGGGACUAUGGGCCAGCAGAGGUGCUUCUUACAUCAUGGAUCUCCAGAACCUGGGACGUUCAGCUGAGAAAAUUUUAGAGGUUAAUGGUGAUAAGUUCAACAUUUUGGCAUCUAAGUUUUGGUCAACCUGGGUUGGCCCUGGAGCUAGAAGGAGUAAGCUAAUGUUUAGAACUUGGAAGGGAGACAAAGAAUUUGAGCCUCAAUCCGAGAAUGCAGCUGACACAACUGUUACCACGACUAUUCCAGGCGUACCAGAUUUGAAGGCAGCUGGAGAUGGUUCUGUACACUACCCUUUAUCUGCUAAGGAGUCGUUUAAAGCAGCAGUGACGUAUUUGUUCAGAAAAUGGUAUUUUCGUGCUGUCUCAUUCUGGAGGAAUGUAAAGCAACUUUCAGAAAAUACCCUCCAGUUAAUGGUCAGGUCAAAUUGGAAUGACUUCCUCCAUAUUGUUAAGGAUCUUCAACUACCAAGCAUGGAUCAUCUUCUUUCGACGAUAGUGCAGUGGUUUGAGAGGAGAAGUAAAGCAUUUGAGCCUACCUAUUUAUAUGGGGUGGAGAAGGGAUAUUUCUUGCUUUCAGAAAGUGCUAAAAUUCGUCAUGGUGUUCGAACAAUCAAUAUCACAAUUUCUGCUCGAAAUCCUUGCUUUGGAAACAGGUGGCAGCAGCUUUUGAUAAACAGCAUUGUUGGCUAUGAUACUAUACUUACAAACAGCUUGGUGAAUUCUCCUGGUCAUGGCUAUCUAUACAACUUUCAGACUAAGGAGCUCUAUGAUCUCAGUUAUGGACAUGAACCACAAGGUCCUACAAGAUUUGGAGAUUACUUUGUGACAAAAUGUGGUGUACUUCUAAUGUCACUCUUUGUCUUUUUUACAACCACCAUGUCCGUUUCAUUUACUCUGAGAGAAACGCAAUCCCGCAUGCUUAGGUUCACAGUGCAGCUUCAGCACCAUGCACGCCACCAACUGCCCACUUUUCAGUUGAUAUUCGUGCAUGUCAUCGAAUCAUUGGUUUUUGUGCCGAUUAUGAUUGGGAUCCUCUUUUUUCUAUUUGAAUUCUACGAUGAUCAAUUGCUUGCGUUUCUUGUUUUGACUCUUGUAUGGUUAUGUGAGCUAUUCACAAUGAUCAGUGUGCGGACAUCUAUAUCGAUGCAGUUCUUUCCACGCUUUUUCUUGCUUUACUUUCUGGUUUUCCAUAUCUACUUCUUCUCGUAUACUUAUGGCUUCUCAUAUCUGGCAUUCUCUGCUACGGCCGCAUUUAUGCAGCAUCUGAUUCUAUAUUUUUGGAACCGGUUUGAGGUGCCAGCUCUCCAGAGAUUCAUUCGGAGCCGAGCUCACAUUCACCAACAGACAGGUGUCCAGAUUACAUCUUCAACCAUCUACACAUCUACCUUACACAUUGCUAGGGUAAAUGUGAGGGACCCUGGCACUAUAAAUGAUGGCCUUGGUGCUGUUCGUGAAGCAGAUGCCCUUUUGGUUCAGGAUGAGUCUACCAGGAACCAGCAAGAGGGCCAACAGAAUGGAAUUGCUGAGCCAGCAGCUAACAAUGCUCUCCAAUAUCAGGAGCAAAACCCUCAGCAAGCUGGAAACACCCCUGCAGGCUCUGGUUCCCUGAAUCCAUUUGGCUCCCUUUUGUUGUGGUUGUUAGGAGGCGGUGCUUCUGAUGGCAUAGUUUCUUUCUUCUCUAUGUUCAGAGAUGUCCGUGAUCAUGCUCAAGAUUACACUGAUCCACCUCGAAAUGAAAAUGAUCAGGUGACAUAGAAUCAUGAAAAUGAAAAUGGAGUGAAGACGAAUGGUACUCACGGUGGGUGCUUGGCCAGCGGUAAUCUAAUUUUGCGAAGAUGAUAUGGAGCUGGCACACCCUUCAAAAAAGAUAAUGACGAAUACUGGUGGCAGUAUAUACAGACUGGUGUCGCUGGAGAUACCAUGUUAGUAUUAUCUGUUUAUCUGUUUUUUAUUAGUAGGUAAGGAUGCUGAAUUGUAUCUAUUCAUGAUAUAUGUACAUUCCCAACCGUCUGAAUGGGGAUGCCCAUUCCAGUCCUGUACAGAAAUGUCUGCAAAUUCUUUGUACUUCUAUGGGCGGUUUCUGGAACAUACAGUGCUACUGUGUGCAGUUGUGACUGAAUUCGGCAAAUUUUAAUGGUAUGAAUUCAUCGUUGCUCGUGCUGUUCCAACUUCAA